AUGAGCAGCAGUCCGGACACGGUGGGCUCGCUCCUGGGCAGCAUCGCCAACUCGCUCAACGACUCGCUGCGCAUGCUCAUGUUCGCCGAUAAGCGCCAGUGGGGGCCCGACGAGUUCGAGCAGAUCCGCGCGCUCGAGGAUGCUCUCGACGACGCCAAGCGCGACUUCCAGGAGCUCGGUCCGCUAGUCAAUGGCCAGUUCUACUACGAGAACGACCGAAGAACGGAAUCUCUCGAGGAACUGCGCGUUCUCAAGACCAAGUUCGACUUCCACGCCCAGAACUUCAAGGACUGGCUACGCACGGGAGGACCGAUCAACCCGAUAUGGGCACGCGAGACGGGCGAACUGAAGAGGGAGCUGCAUCGGGCACAGUGUCGCGCGGCCAGGCGCAUCUUUCAAUCUGAGAAGGAGGACAGUGUGAGGUGUCUCGGCGCCUUCGAGGUCUACCGACAGCAGCGCAUAUUAGAAGCCCAGCGGCAGGGGCAACAACGUCAACGCUAUGAGCAGCAUCGAGAGGAGCUGCCGCGGUGGGAAGGCCAGGAGGCGCAACAGCGACAGGAGGAUGCCCAGACAAUGGAGCGAACGGAGUACAGCCAGCAGCCGGAUGCGCUCGAGCGAAGACUGAGCUUGGAAGAGCUUGUACCGGCUUGUAAUGCGGUUGGGAGAUUCGAGAGAUUUGGAGAUCGAGACAUCGCCUUUUCUUGCGACUUCUGCGAUGGGUUCAUCGUGUGGGAAGACGUUCAGAGCAUGCCGUCCUCAAGAACGCCGCUCUUGCCGGGAAUCACUGACCAGCCAAACUGGCAAGCAACCACGAAGAGUAUUUCGAGCGGGGAGGAUAAGACUAUCGUCUUUGCACCGUUGGCAAUUGCCAACCACCUCGGCCCCCAAAGCGGAGACUGGAGGGCAAGGAUAUGGUGCCCGUUCUGUGACGAGUACACGUACUAUCAGCAAGGAGACGAUGAGCUGGACCAAGUGAAGUAUGCUCAGGAUGAAAGGGGCCUCUCCGACCUAAAGGCGUUUCAGGAACAUCUCGAGUGGCAUCACACCUCAGUGCAGGUGCCCUCCAUUGCCCCUUCUACGGGAAAUUGUCUACUUAUGUGA